AUGAAUGGUGGUAAGUCUAACCCUAAUGAGAGCUUGGGCAAUGGGUUGGGCCUGAAAGUAGAGCCCAGUGACCAAAAUUGGGCUCGCGCGUGCCCUCAUUGUCCAAAAACCUUCCUAUCCUCACAGGCCCUUGGAGGCCACCAGAACGCCCAUCGCAGGGAGAGACACCAGGCUCGGAGGCAAUACCUCGCUUCUAGGCGCCGGCCCAUUGCCAUCCACCCUUCGCCUAGUGAUGCGUCCCACAAGUUUGGGGGCCCAAAUGCCACGGCGGUGGUGGCUCCUAGAAAUUCUUAUGGGUAUGCGCCACCUGGGCUUCAGUUUGGGCCUAGCAAUGGAUCUCAACAUGUUUAUGAGCUUCCUAACGGGCCUACAAUGCCAGUCCGUGAGCUAAAUUUGCUUGGAAAAUGGGCCUCCUUUGAAGCAAGUGAAUCUGUGGCCUCAAAUGAGAAUGCAAUCAAUAUAAAGAGCGGGCCAGACUUGACUUUGAAGCUCUAA